AUGUCUUUGAUACCAAAGUUUUCUGUUCCCACAUUCUUCCUUCUUCUUGCUCUUGUUUUUCUUCUGAUCAUGGAGACAGCUGGAGAUUCUUCUUCUCUAGCGAAGGUCCUCCACCACCAUGGCUUACCAGGAGGGUUGUUCCCUCAGAAUGUGAAGUCAUUCAAUUUGGACCAAACGGGUCGCAUGGAGGUGCACAUGCAUUAUCCCUGUUUGGCUCAUCAGUAUGAAAGCCAAGUUUUCUUUGACUCUGUGGUGAGGGCCAACCUUAGUUUUGGGCAGCUCCAGGUGUUUGGAGGCAUGUGUAGGGAAGAGCUUUUCUUGUGGUUUCCUGUGAAGGAUAUCAUGGUCACUGAUCCAUCUUCCGGGCUUAUUAUUAUUGAUAUUGGUCUUGCGUUUAAACGCCUCCCUCUAUCUCGGUUUGAAGAUCCCCCAAUUUGCAUAUCGCAGGGUAAUUAA